CAAAAUAUUCCGCUUUAAUUUACGAAGGCCACGCAGCUGAAUAGCUGGUACUGGUAACACUAACGCACUUGACCUUGUUCUCCCGCGCUCUCCGCUAAAACAUGACUGAUAUAAGGAAGUGGUUCAUGAAAUCGCACGACAAGGGCAAUGCCAAUGCCUCCUCCAAGCCCGCCACCGAUAAACCUCAGAAUGACAAACCGGCGUCUGGAGGUCAAGAAAGUUCGGGGAGGAGGAAAACUAGCAAAUAUUUUUCUACAGACAAACAAAAGGCAAAAGAUGAAAAAGAAACACUGGAGCUUCCUGCUAAACGAAAGAAUAUAAAGGACAGUGGAGAACUACCAGAGGCCCGUACUUCGAAGAAGAUUCAUGAAGCUGAAGAAGGUGAUGAAGAUGACUAUGCUUUGCCAAAAACUAAAAAAAGUUCAGCUCAUGCCACUCCAACAAAGAAACUGAAGAGUGGAUCUGGUAGGGGGAUCCCGCAGAAAUCUGUAGAGUUAGAAGAAAAUGAUGAAGAUGACGAGAAAGAAGCUGUGGCAUCAGUUAAAUCUGCCGGAAGAGGUCGUGGUGGUAGAGGAGCAUCGGCACAACCAUCUGGUGGGAGGGGUAGAGGUGGUGGUGGUAGGGGUGGGUUCAUGAAUUUUGGAGAAAGAAAAGAUCCUCCACAUAAAGGAGAAAAGGAAGUCCCUGAAGGUGCUCCUGACUGUUUAGCUGGCCUAACUUUUGUGAUCAGCGGAACGCUGGAUAGUUUGGAACGAGAAGAAGCAGAAGAUUUGAUUAAGCGCCAUGGUGGUCGUGUCACGGGAUCAGUCAGCAAGAAAACGAAUUAUCUACUAUGUGAUGAAGAUAUUGGUGGACGGAAGUCUGAAAAAGCCAAAGAGCUUGGAACUAAAUUUCUCACGGAGGAUGGAUUGUUUGAUAUGAUUCGGGCAUCAAAACCGGCAAAAGCUCCUUCACAAGAGCCCAAAAAGUCUGUCAAUAAUAAGCCUGCUACUAAUGCAUCACAGUCAAAAAGUCCCGCAAAAGCAGAACCUAAGCCCUCUCUAUCUUCACGGCUGCCUUCUACCCAAGCUAAGCCAAAGACAGCAUCUAUUGUUCACUCUCCUUUGAUGUGGACAGAGAAAUAUCGACCUAAAGAUCCAAAGGAUGUGAUAGGGAAUCAGUCACUUGUUUCACAGCUCAAAAAUUGGUUGAAAACUUGGAACGAGCAAUUUCUUGGCACUGGCAGUAAAAAAAAGGGAAAAAAGCAGAACGAACCCAAUUCCAAAAAAGCUGUGCUGUUAAGUGGAACCCCUGGUAUAGGGAAAACUACUUCAGCAAAGCUUGUCUGUCAGGAGCUUGGUUUCCAGGCCAUAGAGGUAAAUGCUAGUGACAGCCGUGGAAAAGCUGAUAGCAAAAUUGAAAAAGGGAUUAGUGGAAGUAAUGCAAAUUCAAUCAAAGAACUUGUAACCAAUGAGGCCCUUGGUGCAAAUAUGGAUCGGUCAAAGCUUGCUAGAACUGUGCUCAUUAUGGAUGAGGUUGAUGGGAUGUCAGCUGGUGAUAGGGGUGGUGUUGCUGAUCUUAUUGCUAGCAUCAAGAUAUCGAAAAUUCCUAUUAUCUGCAUUUGCAAUGACCGUUACAGCCAGAAACUGAAAAGUCUUGUGAACUACUGUUUGCUGCUUAACUUCCGGAAACCUACAAAGCAACAGAUGGCCAAGAGGUUGAUGGAUGUUGCAAAGGCAGAAAAGCUUCAAGUUAAUGACAUUGCUCUGGAGGAACUAGCAGUAAGAGUUAAUGGAGAUAUGCGUAUGGCACUGAACCAGUUACAAUAUAUGAGUCUCUCUAUGUCGUCUAUAAAUUAUGACGAUAUCAGGCAGCGCUUUCUUACCAGCUCAAAGGAUGAAGACAUAUCACCGUUCACAGCUGUUGAUAAGCUUUUUGGUUUUAAUGCUACGAAGAUGAGAAUGGAUGACAGGAUUAGUCUUAGCAUGAGUGAUCCGGAUCUUGUUCCACUUAUUAUCCAGGAAAAUUAUAUUAAUUAUAGACCAAGCUUAGCUGGUAAGGAUGACCAGGGGGUAAAACGCAUGAACCUGAUUGCCCGUGCUGCUGAGUCAAUUGCUGAUGGGGAUCUAGUGAAUGUACAGAUUCGAAGAUAUCGACAGUGGCAGCUCUCUCAAACUAGUUCUGUGGCCUCGUGUAUUAUUCCUGCUUCAUUGUUGCAUGGGCAGAGAGAAAUACUUGAACAGGGAGAGCAUAAUUUUAACAGGUUCGGCGGAUGGCUUGGAAAGAACUCAACGACAGGCAAAAACCUUAGGCUUAUGGAAGAUCUGCAUGUCCACAUACUUGCUUCACGUGAAUCUAGUUCAGGAAGGGAUACUAUCCGAUUGGAAUACCUUACCCUUCUCCUUAAACAAUUAACAGAACCGCUACGAUCUCUGCCCAAGGCUGAAGCUGUUGAGAAAGUCGUGGAAUUUAUGAAUACAUAUUCUAUCAGUCAGGAAGACUUCGAUACUAUUGUAGAGUUGUCAAAAUUCAAGGGUCACCCUAAUCCAUUGGAAGGCGUACAGCCUGCCGUUAAGUCAGCCUUGACAAAAGCAUACAAAGAGCAAAGCAAAUCAAGGAUGGUUCGAGCUGCGGAUCUAGUGAAUCUUCCUGGAAUAAAGAAGGCCCCUAAGAAGCGCAUUGCUGCUAUUUUAGAACCAGCUGAAGAAGUAGCAGAGCAGGGCGAAGGUAACACGUUGGAUGAGAGUGAAGAGGAGAACAAUUCCGACACAGAGGAGUUUGAAGGCAACAACCCCGGUGAGAAGCUGAAGUCAGAACUUCAAAGUUUGAACUCAAAGGGCAUGCAAGUACAGUUGGAGCUGAAGGGUGCGGCGAAUUCGAGUUCCAAGAAGGCAUCUGGUGGCAAAGGUGGUACACAGAAGGGUGGCCAAACUUCAAGGGCUGCUCCUAAAAGAAAGAGGUGAAGAACAUAGAUAGGUUUUUCUUCUGGCGACACUAGCAACAUCUGUAUAUGAACCAUGUCCAUGAGUCGAUGAUCUUCAUGUGUUUGAUGUUUGAUCUCAGAAACUGUUUUAGAGUUGUAAAUUUUCCUAGGACGAUUGAAUGAAGCAUGGGUGGCCUUUUUUUUUUUCAAAAAAAUGCAGAUGAUGUCUUCUUAAGAACAUUGCAUGGCACAUUGUGAAGAAUUCUUGAAUUUAAUUGUCUCUUGUUUAUUACCCGA